AUGGGAAUCUCUGGUCUUCUGCCGCUCUUGAAGGAUAUCCAAGUCACUCGACCCCUCUCCGACUUUGCGGGACAAACUAUUGCGGUGGACGCGUACGUCUGGCUGCACAGGGGGACCUACGGGUGCGCGGCGGAGCUUGCUACUGGAAGGAAAACACAUAAAUAUGUCGAGUAUGCCAUGCAUCGCGUGCGGAUGCUACAGCACCAUCGCAUACAGCCGUACGUGGUAUUCGACGGUGGGCCACUUCCAGCGAAGAAGGGGACCGAAUCGGAGCGCAAGAAACGUCGGGACGAGAACCUAGCACGCGCGAAUGAGCUUGCAGCGCAAGGCAAGCACAGCCAAGCGCGAGAGUACUACGUGAAGUGCGUCGACGUUACGCCUCAAAUGGCAUAUCAGCUUAUCAAGGCAUUGCGGGUGGAGGGCAUCCCAUACGUAGUGGCUCCGUAUGAAGCCGAUGCACAGCUUGCGUAUCUGGAGCGCAUCGGUGUCGUCGACGGCGUAAUCACGGAGGAUUCUGACCUUCUCGUGUUCGGGUGCAGGAAGGUGCUCUUGAAAUUAGACGUCGUCGAGAGUACCGUCACGUGCAUCUCCCGCGGAGACUUUGGGUCCGCCGGGGCCGGCGGAGGGUUGUCGCUGCUGGGCUGGUCGGAUGUCCAGUUUCGACGUAUGGCUAUCCUUAGCGGCUGCGACUACCUAGCGAGCAUACCAGGCGUCGGGCUGAAGACGGCGUGGUCGCUGUUGCGAAAGCACAAGACGGCGGAGAACGCGGUACGGGCGUUGAUGCUUGAAGGGAAGAAGAAGGUGCCGGAAGGUUACCUGGACGCUUUCAAAUUGGCGGAACGGGUAUUCUUGUAUCAACGGGUGUACGAUCCGACGCAGAAGUGUCUGGUCCACCUGACGGAACCGGUGGAUGGUGAACGGUUGGACAAGGAGACGGACGCGUACGUCGGGAGGUGA